AUGAUGACAGGGAUGCAGGACUUUGCUUACUUGUCCACUAAUGAUAUGGAAGUGACGUUGGAGCUGGGAUGCGACAAGUACCCGCCAGCUGGCGCCCUGGCUGGCGAGUGGGCGGACAACAAGGACGCCUUGGUGAACUUCAUCAAAAUGGCGCACAUGGGGGUGAAAGGAGUUGUCAAGGACGCCAGAUCAGGACUCGCUAUCAGAGGCGCCCUCAUCAAGACCCGAAACGUGACGUCAGUCAACGGAGGAGAAGACGCCUUGGCGUCGGCUGACGGGGCCAUCAACCAUGACGUAACUUCCGGCAAGCACGGCGACUACUUCCGGCUUCUCACGCCGGGUCAAUACGAGCUCACUGCCGUCGCUUCGGGAUACAUGGCCUUGUCCCAGGUCGCUGACGUGGGACCCGUGGAUCCCACGCAACCCGAAGCAACCAAGAUGGACUUUUGGCUCACCCCGUCGGAGAAUUACCCCAGCGACGACGAACCCAUGGACCAGCAGAUGGUGGAUGAUAAUCAAGAAGCAGAGGCACUGGAGCCCGAAGAAAGACUCAUAAAAAGAUACAGGGAUUUCCUGAUGAAGCGGGCAAAAAUUCCCAACUGGCUGAAUCCCCGUUAUUAACAACUUUCACAGCACGGAUGAACACUUGCCCAGGAAUCAUCUGACCAAAAUGGACAGUUCGGGAAAAGAGUUCAAAUGUUGACGGAAAUCGAUCAGCUUUUUCCUGGCGAAAAAAAACACAGUACCCUGGAAAUAAGUUACCAAAAUCGAGGUAGUUAUGUGUGCGAGAUAAAGUCAUCAAAUAUUAUCCUUGUGUUGGAAAUCCCGUGUUUUAUUUUUUUUUCGAAUUUUAAAAGCAUCGUGAACUCUUCUUAUUUUUGCUCUGAAAAUUUUUCCUCUCGAAUGAGCGGUUUUAAUAGGAUUUUUUCCCUUGAUUUCUUGUUGAAAUCUAUUGCACAAGAAAAAAAAAUGCAAGAGUUAGAUUAUUGGAAUUUAAUUCGAAUUAUUAAAGGUUCUUUCUCUAGUUUUGAUAAGCAAAAAUUUAAAUAUCUGUGCAGCAAGGAAUGACCUUUAGUGCAUGAGUUGCAUUAUUAUAAAAACGGCGUAGAAACUUUGCAAAUAAACGCAUUGAAAUUAUAAAGAAUUUGCCGUCUGCACUGAUUCCCCGAUAUUUUUGCUGGAUUGAAAAGCAACCUCUGUUUUCUGUUGACCCACGAGUUCAAUAGUUGGAAGUCGAACUAUUUUUAAUCUAAAAUAACCUGAACAUUUUCUUAAUAUCUACUGAACAGAAACUCACUGUUUCUGAUUGCGAAAUAUCGCUUUCUUUUCUUCAAAGCACCAUUAUAGAGUCUGAAACUCCGAUUCAGAUAUUUUUUUCGAUCUCGCGGUUAAUAAUUCAACUAUUACUGGUCAAAGGAAGAACCGUGGUUUUCGGAAAAUUCGGAAAUUUGCGCCGAUUCUUGUGCGGUACUCUUCCUUGGAGGUUUAUACGGCAUCCAUAAAUAAAGAUUUCAUUUCUGCAUGUGCUGAAGGGAAACUGAGAAUAUGUCGAAGAAGAUAAGUAAAUGGAAAAUUACCGGAACCAA